GAUAGCGCAGGGAGAUUAGAGGCAGGCGAUGAGGUGGACUUGUCAAGCUUGUCGGUCGUCACCUGAAGACUAGCCCUAGGGGAUUCGCUGUAGGCAGUGUGGAUCGAACUGACAGCUCACUACUCUCUCUCUCAUAUUGUCGGAUUUACAUUUCAUAUAGAUAAGAAUAUUUUUAACCAAAGACACGGAGGACUUUUGUCUGUUUUUCAACUGGAUUUCACUGAGUGCCGUCACUUUAACCUAGAACAGUUUUCUGUUCGGUUCAUAAUGAAAGACUUAUUGAUUCACGUCUUUGGAGUCCACAGGCGACUAUUUGAAAUAUAUUUGACUACUAAUAACGGCUUAUCCCGGUAAAACUGCCUCUUCUUAGCCGGGACGUGCUGGCCUUAUUCAUGAACUCCAACCUAUCCCCAAGGAUGAACCAGAGCCACACGCCCAUCACGCCCUCCAUCUCCCCCCGGAUGGGGCUUGGCUCUGGGGGCUCGGACGGCGGCCCUGGAGGGGGUAGCUCCGGAGGUUCGGGAGGCGGUGUCGGUAGCGGCAGUGUGUGGUUGACCUCUGCCCUUGGUGCCUCCCUCCUGAUGAUGCUGGCCUUGGGGGUGGCGGGCAACCUCUACACGCUCUUCAUCACGCGCUCCGCCGUUCUCCGCCGCUCCGGCUCCAUGUAUGUCUACAUAGUCAACCUCGCCCUCGCCGACCUCCUCUACCUCUCCACGAUACCGUUCGUCGUCUGCACCUACUUCGCGCACGACUGGCUGUUCGGCGAGGUCGGCUGCCGGGUCCUCCUCAGCCUGGACCUCCUCACCAUGCACGCCAGUGUCUUCGUCCUGGUCGCCAUGUCCCUGGAGCGCUACCGGGCCGUCGCCGAGCCGUUCGCCGCGAGGCGGUCCGGCGCGCGGGGCCGUAGGCUGGCGGCGGCCGCCAUCUGGUCGGCCGCGUUCAUCCUGACGCUGCCGAUGAUGAUCAUGAUCCGGUCGAGGGAGGGGAGGCCGAACGCGGCGGGGUACGCCAAGCGCAUCUGCUUCCCGACGUGGACCCAGGAGGCCUUCAAGGCCUACCUAACCGUCCUGUUCCUGACCAGUGUCCUGGUCCCCGGCCUGGUCAUCGUGGCGCUCUACGCUGGCCUGGCGCGUCGCUACUGGACUGCCCAGGCCAGCUUGGUGGGGAGCAGCCGCUCGUCGAGAGGACGGGGGUUAAAACAGAAGGUGAUGCUGAUGGUUUUUUGUAUUGUGGUGGCUUACUGGGUGUGUUUCCUGCCGUUCUGGGGCUGGCAGCUCGUCCAACUGUUUUCACCACACUCUCUGAGGGCCCUGUCCCCAGCCACUCACAGCUACGUUAACUUCUUCGUGACAUGUUUGACCUACGGGAACAGCUGCGUCAACCCGCUGCUCUAUACUCUCCUGACCCGGAACUAUAAAGACUACCUGGCUCAGAAAGGACAGGGCGCGGGGUCGAGUAGAGGGGACGCGUGCACGGCUGUCCCAGAGCCACUGCAGGACGUGUAAUCGGAAGAUAGAGGGAAGUGACUGUUUGGGAUGUGACACCAGCAAAAACAAGACUUGCUUUGCGGUCAACAAUACAUUAAACAUAGAGAGGGAAUUACUAUGAUGUGAGGCCAGGAGCACAGACUUGGGAUUCAUUUCUCAUUCUGUUCAAUGUGUCUCGACUGGUGUUCCGGAUAUAACCAUGCAUUUUAAUGUUUUCACCAUGAAAAAUACAUUUGGAUUUAUUUAAAACACGAGGACAUUUAUUUAUAGAAGGCAUUUCCAGUUUGUAUUCCUUUGUAAAAGAUGUGUUUUGUGUUGCCUUAAGGGUUAAAUGGAGAAAAAAUGAUAACCAGACCAAAAUAUAAUUUUGGCAGUUGA